UGGCUCGCGACUGAAACUUCCGGUACAACUGGUGUUACUAUUAAACCCUAAACCAGAGUUUUGGCGACCAUGGAGCGGCGACAGCUAGCCAACACCGACCUGCACGUGUCCCCGGUCUGCCUCGGGGCUUGGCAGUUCAACGAAGGAAAGGCUGAUGAGACCUGGCCGGCACAAGACGAACAGGUUUCCAAGGACAUUGUGAAUAAAGCAUUUGAACUUGGAGUCAACUUUUUCGACACCGCCGAGGCCUAUGGUCGCCACGCAUCAGAGAGGGUUCUGGGGAGGGCGCUGGAAGGGCGAAGACGGGACGCCAUUGUUGCCACAAAGUUCGGGGCGAUUCACAAGCGGUACACCGCGGUGGAGGUGGAGAGCUCCCUGCAGGCGAGUCUUCAGGCCUUGCAGACGGACUACGUCGAUCUCUACCAGGUUCACUGGGCCAUGUUCAUGUCGGACGCAAGUGAAGUUGUCGGCGAGUUGAAACGUCAGCAGGCCAAGGGACGGAUCCGUCACUACGGAGUCUGUAACUUCGGCGCCAAACAGCUGGCCGAGUUCUGCGAGGCGGGAGGAGAAUGCGCCACCAACCAGGUUGCGUACAACCUGCUGUGGCGGGCUGUGGAGUACGAGGUCGUGCCUGCGUGUGCGGAGAGGAAGGUGUCGGUGCUGAGCUACUCGCCGCUGCAGCAGGGCCUGCUCUCCGGCCGCUUCCACGCGCCACAGGACGUGCCAGAGGGGCGCAGGAGGACAAGGCACUUCAGCUCACAAAGUACUUCUCUCUCAAAGCACUGCCAGGGUGGAGAAGAGGCAGCGACUUUUCAGGCAAUAUCGUCCCUUCGUGAUGCGUGCGCAAAGGAGGGCGUGCCGAUGUCGUCUGCGGCGUUGUCGUGGUUACUGGGGCGGCAGGGCGUGGCGUCCGUGAUCGUGGGGUGCCGCACGCCGCAGCAGCUGGAGGACAACUGCAAACUGGCCAAGCUGUCUCAGGAGUUUGAUAAGAAGCUGACGGAAGCUACUGAAGACCUAAAGGAAAGGUUUGGCCCUGACCCCGACAUGUGGGCCAAAGUGUCCAGAUACAACUAACAACU